AUGGAAAUUGAAAGUAUUCAGAAGCGGGCACUACGGAUUAUCCAACCGGACUUCAGUUACAUCGAAGCAUUAAAAAAGGCAAAAUUGGAAACAUUGUACGAUCGAAGAGAAAAGUUGUGUGUAAAACUAUUUUCAUCAAUCGAAGCAAAUGAUGAUCAUAAGUUAAAGGAACUAUUGCCACCGAAAAAUUUACAACCAAACAAUCUCAGAACAAACAGAAAAUAUAAUCUUCCCAAGAUGCACACGAACAGAUUUAGUAAUUCCUUUAUUCCAUAUUGCGCACGUAAUGCAACCUU